CUCAUCUCAUCUGAGCCCUCCCUCUUUCCCUUUCCAGAAGUCGCUGUCCCUCUCCCCCUCUCCGCCCUCCCUCUCCCCCUCUCCAGAAGUCGGAACGGGCCGGGAAGAGCACCAAUUUCCAACCUAGAAGACUUGCCUUCCCUCUCCCGCUUUCCAGAAGUAACAACGGGCCGGUACGAACACGAAGAAGAAGAGGUUCGAUAUAUAUAUAUUUUUUGGGUAAGGUACAGGUAUCGAUAUUGCUGUUCUCUUAUAUAAAAAAGUGUACGCUAUGCCUCAAAAUUGUAACUGAGAACGGCUGGGUUCAAAUUGAUGGAAUAGGAUACAGUUCUACACUCUGCAUUUGAUUUGAACUUUUGACUCGGGGUAAAUGAUCUUUCGGGGUUGUCUUACUGGUAUUGAGGUAGGGUGUGUGGCGGGAGAGGAAAUCCUGUGGUGGCUUGUUCCUUGUUUGGAGCUAGGGUUUCUUUCUACUAGAGGUUAGGGUUGGUGCAGGAACCAUACUGUUCAGUGUCGAACUCGUGGUUGUUUGUUUGAAUAAGCUAGUGCCUGGCUCGUUCGACAAACGAUGUAUACAAAGUAAACCUAAUCGAGAUCGAAUUGUGUUUGGUACAAUCUCGUUCAAGAUCGUCUCGUUUCAUAAAUGAACUUGUUAAGCAUGUUUAAAAGUCUGUACUUAUCAUAAGGGUGCGUUCUUUUGAACUUAUGUCGUGAGCUUAACUUAUUUUUUACCCUUUUCAAACUUACUUUCAAAUGUUUAUUAUUACUGACUAUUACGAACUUGGGAUUAGUUUGCAGUUCCAACUAGUCGAUUAUGGGGUCAUGAAAUUCAUUUUUUCAUUCCUACGUUGCUAUUAAUGCUAGAGUUGGCCAUAUGAUGAAUUACAAAGGCAAGCCAACAGUUGAAAAAUUCUCUACCGAAAUUGAGAUUGCUUCACCUCAAAAGGUAAUUUGUGUGUCAACAACCCUUUCUGUCUCCUUUUCCUGUCUUUACGAAGGCUUCAUAUAAGGGUUGUCAUGUUAAUUAACAUCAAUUGGUUUGAAAUUUUAUGUACUUUUUCAAAAGGGAGGAUAUUGUGAUUACCUGUAUAAAAUGGGAAGGAACGACUGUAUUGGGAAUUUACUAAGAAUUCCUACUAACUUUGAAGAUCUUCUCAGAUUAUAAUUUUAAUGUUUGGUUUCAGAAAACCGGUGAUGUUACCUACAAUGGAGAGAAGGUAGAUGAUUUCUGCUUUCAGAGGACUACAUAAGUCAAACAGAUACCCACAUAGCGGAACUAACUGCUCGAGCCACAACUAAACAGCCUGUACAACUACUUUGUUUUCCUUCUCAAAAUUCUAUUCUACUAACAUGUACAAAAAAGUUCUGAAGAAUCACCUAUUGAGGAGUAAGCGAAAUAGCCAUGUCGCAAAGUUCAGAGACCAAGGUUUGGAACACGAGGGCCUUAUGAACCGUGUCUUUCACGAUAUUACGGCCAUGGGAAAUGAAGCUAUCUUUCCUGGUGAGGGGAUUGAGGAAAUUGGGGAGGGAUCCGGUGACUCGGAGGGAAUGCGAGUUGAAGGUGGGUCGUUCCCACAAUCCCAAGAGCAGUACCAAACUCCGGUCGGAAAGGGUAAAGAUCCAAUAGGGCAAACCUCAACAGUGGGCGGGUCGUAUUCCUCGCGGAAGCGUAAGUUUAGCGAUGCCCAUGAGGCAAUGUCCGCAUCCCUUGCCGAAUCAGUUGACCGUUUCAAGUCCACCCCAAGUAUAGUCAUUAAUCAAUUUGGCAUAUGGGGCAUCCAUAACGCAAUACGAAAACUGGACACCCUUCCCUUUUUCGAAGUAGAGGGUCAAAAUGUAGCAUUUCACAGCUGGGCUUGUCGUCUUUUCGAGAGACAACAACAUAAAAUCGAUAUUUUCUGCGAGCAGAAAAAUUUGGCCAAUGCUAUUCAAUGGCUCCGUGAUGAGCACAGUUUGGCGGAGGAGAGGUACUAUAUGACUCCCCCGAAUCAAAGGAGAGGCCUUCAACCUCCCCCCUUCCCUCAUGUUCCGGACAAUGCUGAUGUUUAGGUGUUUCGAAGCCACGGAAAACUGAUCCAUGCCUUUCUUCUUACUGUCGUAGACUUUUAAAUUUGCUACCAAUUAUGGGUUUGUUGUUGGUGUUUGGUCGUGAUGAGCGUUGGAACAAAAUUUUAUUUCACUUGAUCAUAUGUCGUGUUGUACGUAUUGCUCAAAAGUUAUGACAUUCCCGAAACUGUGUUUGGCAUA